AGAAAGUAGUUCCGGCCCGUGUUGUUUCAGCCGAGGAGCCGUCGCCGCCAUUUCAAGACCGUGAGAGGUAGAUGGCCAACCAGAGUUCUAAGGUUCGAAGCCUGUAACUGCUGCCGCCGCUUAAGCCUGCCAAAAUACUGGUGCGUCUGCUGCCCUCUUACUUACUACCUCCAGAAACAUUCUUGCCAGUAGUGGCGGCAGUAGGUCAACUACCCCCUUCUCGUUCUCCUUCAAGAAGCUCCAGAUGGCGUCUUCCGUGGGCAACGUGGCCGACAGCACAGAACCAACGAAACGUAUGCUUUCCUUCCAAGGGUUAGCUGAGUUGGCACAUCGAGAAUAUCAGGCAGGAGAUUUUGAGGCAGCUGAGAGACACUGCAUGCAGCUCUGGAGACAAGAGCCAGACAAUACUGGUGUGCUUUUAUUACUUUCAUCUAUACACUUCCAGUGUCGAAGGCUGGACAGAUCUGCUCACUUUAGCACUCUGGCGAUUAAACAGAACCCCCUUCUGGCAGAAGCCUAUUCGAAUUUGGGGAACGUGUACAAGGAAAGAGGGCAGUUGCAGGAAGCGAUUGAGCAUUACCGGCAUGCAUUGCGUCUCAAACCAGAUUUCAUCGAUGGUUAUAUUAACCUGGCAGCUGCAUUGGUAGCAGCAGGUGACAUGGAAGGGGCAGUGCAAGCUUAUGUCUCUGCUCUUCAGUACAAUCCUGAUUUGUACUGUGUUCGCAGUGACCUGGGGAACCUGCUCAAAGCCCUGGGUCGCUUGGAAGAAGCCAAGGCAUGUUAUUUGAAAGCAAUUGAGACGCAACCGAACUUUGCAGUAGCUUGGAGUAAUCUUGGCUGUGUUUUCAAUGCACAAGGGGAGAUUUGGCUUGCAAUUCAUCACUUUGAAAAGGCUGUCACUCUUGACCCCAACUUUCUGGAUGCUUAUAUCAACUUAGGAAAUGUCUUGAAAGAGGCACGGAUUUUUGACCGAGCUGUGGCAGCUUACCUUCGAGCCCUCAGCUUGAGUCCAAAUCACGCAGUGGUGCACGGCAACCUGGCUUGUGUAUACUAUGAGCAAGGCCUGAUAGAUCUGGCGAUAGACACCUACAGGCGAGCUAUUGAACUGCAACCACAUUUCCCUGACGCUUACUGCAACUUAGCCAAUGCUCUCAAAGAGAAGGGCAGUGUUGCUGAAGCAGAAGAUUGUUAUAAUACAGCUCUCCGGUUAUGUCCUACCCAUGCAGACUCUCUGAAUAACCUAGCCAAUAUCAAACGAGAACAGGGAAACAUUGAAGAGGCAGUUCGCUUAUAUCGUAAAGCAUUGGAAGUCUUCCCAGAGUUUGCUGCUGCCCAUUCGAAUUUAGCAAGUGUACUGCAGCAGCAGGGAAAGCUUCAGGAAGCUCUGAUGCACUAUAAGGAGGCUAUUCGAAUUAGUCCCACCUUUGCUGAUGCCUACUCUAACAUGGGAAACACUCUGAAGGAGAUGCAGGAUGUUCAGGGAGCCCUGCAGUGUUACACUCGUGCCAUUCAGAUUAACCCUGCAUUUGCAGAUGCGCACAGCAAUUUGGCUUCCAUUCAUAAGGAUUCAGGAAAUAUUCCAGAAGCAAUAGCUUCUUACCGAACUGCUCUGAAACUUAAGCCUGAUUUUCCUGAUGCUUAUUGUAACUUGGCUCAUUGCCUGCAGAUUGUCUGUGAUUGGACAGACUAUGAUGAGCGAAUGAAGAAGUUGGUCAGUAUUGUGGCUGACCAGCUAGAGAAGAAUAGGUUGCCUUCUGUGCAUCCUCAUCAUAGUAUGCUAUAUCCUCUUUCUCAUGGCUUCAGGAAGGCUAUUGCUGAGAGGCAUGGAAACCUCUGCUUGGAUAAGAUUAAUGUCCUUCAUAAACCACCAUAUGAACAUCCAAAAGACUUGAAGCUCAGUGAUGGUCGACUGCGUGUAGGCUAUGUGAGUUCUGACUUUGGGAAUCAUCCUACUUCUCAUCUUAUGCAGUCUAUUCCAGGCAUGCACAAUCCGGACAAAUUUGAGGUAUUCUGUUACGCCCUAAGCCCAGAUGAUGGCACAAACUUCAGAGUGAAAGUUAUGGCAGAAGCCAAUCAUUUCAUCGAUCUUUCUCAGAUUCCCUGCAAUGGAAAAGCUGCUGAUCGAAUCCAUCAAGAUGGUAUACACAUCCUCGUAAAUAUGAAUGGUUAUACCAAGGGUGCUCGUAAUGAACUCUUUGCUCUCAGGCCUGCUCCUAUUCAGGCAAUGUGGCUGGGAUACCCUGGGACUAGUGGUGCGCUUUUCAUGGAUUAUAUCAUCACUGAUCAGGAAACUUCUCCAGCUGAAGUUGCUGAGCAGUAUUCCGAGAAACUGGCUUAUAUGCCACAUACAUUUUUUAUUGGUGAUCAUGCCAAUAUGUUCCCUCACUUGAAGAAAAAAGCAGUCAUUGAUUUUAAGUCCAAUGGGCACAUUUAUGACAAUCGGAUUGUUCUGAAUGGCAUCGACCUCAAAGCAUUUCUUGAUAGUCUGCCAGAUGUGAAAAUUGUCAAGAUGAAAUGUCCUGAUGGAGGAGACAAUGGGGACAGCAGUAAUACAGCUCUUAAUAUGCCUGUUAUUCCUAUGAAUACUAUUGCAGAAGCAGUUAUUGAAAUGAUUAACAGAGGGCAAAUCCAGAUAACAAUUAAUGGAUUCAGUAUUAGCAAUGGACUAGCAACUACCCAGAUCAACAACAAAGCUGCCACUGGAGAGGAGGUUCCUCGUACCAUUAUUGUAACCACCCGUUCCCAGUAUGGGUUACCAGAAGAUGCCAUCGUGUACUGUAAUUUUAAUCAGUUAUACAAAAUUGACCCUUCUACUCUGCAGAUGUGGGCAAACAUUCUGAAGCGGGUUCCCAAUAGUGUGCUGUGGCUGUUGCGUUUUCCAGCAGUAGGAGAACCUAAUAUCCAACAAUAUGCGCAAAACAUGGGCCUUCCCCAGAACCGUAUCAUUUUUUCACCUGUUGCUCCUAAAGAGGAGCAUGUCAGGAGAGGCCAGCUGGCUGAUGUCUGCCUGGACACUCCGCUCUGUAAUGGGCACACCACGGGGAUGGAUGUCCUUUGGGCAGGAACACCCAUGGUAACUAUGCCAGGAGAGACACUUGCUUCUCGAGUUGCAGCUUCCCAGCUCACUUGUUUAGGUUGUCUUGAGCUUAUUGCUAAAAAUAGACAAGAAUAUGAAGACAUAGCUGUGAAACUAGGAACGGAUCUAGAAUACCUGAAGAAAAUCCGUGGCAAAGUCUGGAAGCAGAGAAUAUCUAGCCCUCUGUUCAACACCAAACAAUACACAAUGGAACUAGAGCGGCUCUAUCUACAGAUGUGGGAGCAUUAUGCAGCUGGCAACAAACCUGAUCACAUGAUUAAGCCUGUUGAAGUCACUGAGUCGGCCUAAAUAAAGACUGUGUGAACAGGAGAUUACCCCUGUACCUGAGCCUCAACUUUCCAGGGAAAGGGAACUAGAGAACGUACUUUUUACUUACUGUACAGUAUCAUGUUGCAGAUGGGUGACAAAUGAUCAUAGAAUAGCACAGCCAGACUUGCUUCCUGCAUGAUAGGGAGAGACACGAGAUGGGAAACUGCUGUCCCACAAGGAAUCUCCACAGAAUUUUGCAGCAAUCAGGUGGUGCGUAGGUCUGGAAGGUCUGCUCUCCUUUGGUCUUCCAUGGGAUGGUUAGUGUGGAGGGGAGAUGGAGAUUGUCCAGCCGUUUUGUGAUUCCAUGGAUUGAUCAAGUCUUCUGAAUUAAUUUUUUCUUUAUAUUUUGGGUAUUGGAGCUUUUAAAAAUGUUUGGUUUCAGGUAUUUUUAUUCACGUGAAGUGUAUAUGAUUCUCUUGAGAUAAGGUUUUAAGCUAAAAUGUUGCCCCUUGUUUUAGUUUCUGAACUCUACAGAUUAACGGGGACUUUGCUGGUGUAGUCUUUUUAUAGGUUUUAUAAACCACUUGAGCCUAUAUCAGUCGUUUUAGUGUCUGACCUAAUGUUUGGAACUAUCAGUGCUUUGUUGGUUUAGAUGAUGACUUAAACAUUUUUUUUUCUGGUCCAUUUCCCAUUUCCUUCUCUUCCCUUCCCCCACUUUAAAAUUUCUCCUGUAAGUCAGCUGACGAAACGAAGUCUGAUUUUAAACAUCCCAGAGUGUUUCUCUUAAACACGUCAUCUGGUGCCAAAUGAAAAUUCUUAGGAGUGAUAAUUAUGCAAGGCGUAGUUGUGGUACUGCCAUUGAUGAUGAUGAUGAUAUAGAUUUUUUGGGCCUAGUUUUGACCUAUUUCACCAGUGUUUUAUCUUUGACUGCCCCUCUAUGCUGCUUCCAAAAGUGAUAGUGUGUGAUAAGAUUUUUACCUUCCUUUCUCAAGUUUGUUUUUUUAAGUGAGUCCUGUUCUUCCUAUUUCUUUCAGCAGAAAUGAAAUCCCAGGUAAGUAUAAGUAUUCGCAUAUUUGAUCAGUAAGUCACAGUUCUCUUCAGUACAUUGAAUAAUGUUCAUCAGAAAACAUAGGUAAAAAGCUGAAGGACCAGCUGUGUAAAUGAGUAAUUAUUUUUCAGACCUUCUAGGGUAUUAUAUAAUAACUGUCUUCUGGACUUGAAGUCUGUACGGAUCAGCCUCAAUGGUAGCAAACUGCACUGCUACUUGGUUUGGAGUACAAAUUAGACUUUAGCCCUCCUGGAGCUUGAGUUCUUGGUAUUUAAAAACCAUAGGAAUAAAAUUAUUGAAUUUCAGCAAAGGAUCGAGGGCUUGAGGCUUAAACAAGCCAACAUAUGAAUAUAUGUUUUGUGUUGCUGUACUGUACUUAUGCUAUCCAGUAACAGAUAAUUUUUGUCUGCUAGUAGUGUUCUAGAUUAUAAUGUCUUUCCAAAGCGCUGAGGCAGUGCACCUAUUCUGUAGUUGCAGCUGAUGCUUGAAUGUAUCCUAGUUGACAAAUUAUUGAUUAAUAAGAACUUGAAUUUCUGAAAAAUUCUUACUGUUAACCAAAAUCUGAGCAAGGAGUCUCCAAUGUAAUUCUUGCCAGAAUUACAUGGUAAUGAACUGUGUGUACCUUCUAACAAUGUAAAUCAAGAAACAUCAGUUUAGGGAUUUAAUUUAUUUUUACAUGAUUGAACGGUCAGUUAAAGGUUGCCAGCAUGGUUGCAGAUAAACUGAUGUUUGAAAUUCACCAAACUACUUCAUGUGAAAUAGGAUAAUAUACUUCCAGUGCCCUCAAGGCUGUGGCCUUACAGCCAUUUUACAUAGCACAUCAUUCCUCCUAUAGGGAUGAACUUUUUCCUGGCACGAAAAGUAGCCGCUCUGGUCGAAGCUUUGCUUAUUGUAAUCGGCUUUUGUUUCCAGGUAACAUGUCUGUGGAAGACCUAAUUCUGAAUAGAGAUAUAGAUAUUAUUGGAAACUAAUUGUUUUUUCUAUUAUACUCCGCUUUAUCAAAAAAGUAAACAUUUAAAUUGUGCUACAGAAAUCCAGAUGUUGUCUUGCGAUCCUUAAACAAUAAAUGAAUGAUUUGCCCUUAA